AUGACUAGUCAAGCAAACGUUACAUUACCAAGCAUCCAAAUGUUGCUCUCGAACAUCGAACAAAAAUCAGACCCCCCACAGUCUGGACCUCCACCACAAAUGCAACCUUCAUACUCUUACAAUACCAUGUACUCCACAUCUGGAUCAGCUCCAAUCCCUGUUAGCACUCCAGUCGCUAUCAACUCAUCUUUGUACAGGGAUCCAUACAAUGCUCAAUACAAUGUAUCUUAUGAGACUCCAAUGCCACAAUAUCAACCAUAUAUGCAAGUCAAUGGGUAUAUUUCCCCUGUAGCUGGCCCACAGGUUACCAAUAUGGAUUCCAUUAGAUCUGCCCAUAUUCUAAAAUCAUUAUCUGUUCAAACGCAAGACGUUCCAAGAUAUCAACAACCAAUUAUGCAUAUGUCUGCACGUGUUCAAGGUUAUAAUCAAUUACCAACACCUGUAUUACACAAAGUGUCUCCAGUACCAUACUACGAACAUAAUGGUAGUAUGAUCCUUGAUGGUGUUCCGAUGGAAUACAGUACUGAAAUGACAAAAAUUAUGCCUGCUUCUCCAUCGUCUAUCUCAUCUAAUUCUUCUUCAAGAACUUCAUCUUCUUCUUUAACUUCAACUUCUGCAUCUUCGUCUACUAUUGCUGGUAAUCAAAAAUCGUUAAAAAAAUGUACUUGUAAGAAAAGCUCGGGUUCUGCUGAACAUAUUCCAAGACCAAGAAACGCUUUCAUCUUAUUCAGACAACAUCUCCACUAUUCAAUCUUCCCAAAGGAUAGAUACAUGUUGGUCACGCAAGGCUCGUUCAAGACUAACUCAGAAGUAUCUAGAGAAAUUGGUAAACGUUGGAGACAAUUACCAGCUGAAGAAAAGAAGUACUGGCAGGACCUAGCUCAAAAGGAAAAAGAGAUGCACAAACAGAAAUACCCAGAUUAUAAGUAUGCUCCAAGAAAGCUUAUGGAUUCCCAGGAUUCCAAUAGUGACUCUGACGAUACAUCCGCUCAUCAUGGUAGACAAAGACGUAGACAAAGAGAGCCAUGUGCAUACUGUAAAUUAAAGAAGAGAUCAAACAAUUAA